AUGGCCCGCUCACGCAGAGAUAAAAAUGGUUAGUGAAUUUAUCUUCCAAAAAAUUAUAUUUACGUUUUUGAUUACAGUUUCGCUCACAAAAGUCAAAAAGAAGACCAAGGAUGGAAAAAAUGGGUUAAUCAACGAGGUUAGAAGUUCUGUCGACAGUUAUAAGAAUUUAUUGAUUUUCACAAUUGCUAAUAUGCGAAGCACUCGUUUCAUUGCAAUCAGACAACAAUAUAAGGAAAAUUCUCGAUUUUUCUUCGGUAAAAACAAUGUCGUGUCGAUUGCCUUGGGAAAAAAUAAAUCGGACGAAUAUGCCAACGGACUUCACAAAGCAAGUGCACAAUUAAAAGGGCAAUGUGGAUUGAUGUUCACAAAUUUGAGUAAUGAAAAGGUUAUCGAGUAAGUUAAGAUAAUUUUAUUGGCUAAAAAAAUGUUCAAAUUUCAGACAACUCAGCGAGUCGACUGAAGAAGAUUAUGCUCGUGUUGGCGAUCUUGCUACACAAGAUGUUACUCUUCCAGAAGGACCAAUCGCUCAAUUCGCGUUUUCCAUGGAACCACAAUUGAGAAAACUUGGUCUUCCAACAAAACUCGACAAAGGAGUUAUCACAUUAUAUCAAGAUUUUGAAGUUUGUAAAGAAGGAGAACCUUUGACUGUCGAGCAAGCCAAAAUCCUCAAACAUUUCGAAAUCAAAAUGUCCCAAUUCCGUCUCAUUUUCAAAGGAUAUUGGAACAAAAAAGACGGAUAUGUUGAGCUUGAUUCUGAAUAA